CCCGCCCUGCCCUGUCGGGGUUGUCGCUACCUGAUGACGUCACCCAUUCUGUUUUUACGAUGGCGUCUACAUCUGCUCAGUGAGAGACAAAAUGUUUUCUUUAUAGUAGUUAAGGCGGUCACAAAUCCAAGAACGCAACAUAUUUUUUCAGAAUGACCAACAGAACGUCGUAUUUCUAUGACCCGGACGUGGGUAACUUCCAUUACGGUGCUGGUCAUCCUAUGAAGCCUCACAGACUGUCCCUGACUCACAGCCUGGUGCUGCAUUAUGGACUCUACAAGAAAAUGAUGGUGUUUAAGCCAUACAAAGCAUCCCAGCACGAUAUGUGCCGUUUCCAUUCCGAAGACUACAUCGACUUCCUGCAGAAGGUCAGCCCCAACAACAUGCAAGGCUUCACCAAGAGCCUCAACACAUUCAACGUUGGAGACGACUGUCCGGUCUUUCCAGGUCUUUUUGAGUUCUGCUCCAGAUAUACCGGAGCCUCGUUGCAGGGCGCCACUCAACUCAAUCACAAGAUUUGUGACAUUGCUAUCAACUGGGCAGGAGGACUGCACCAUGCCAAAAAGUUCGAGGCGUCGGGAUUUUGUUACGUCAACGACAUCGUCAUCAGUAUACUGGAGCUUCUCAAAUACCACCCGAGGGUCCUGUACAUCGACAUCGACAUCCACCACGGCGACGGCGUGCAAGAAGCUUUCUACCUUACCGAUCGUGUCAUGACCGUGUCCUUCCACAAAUACGGAAAUUACUUCUUCCCCGGAACCGGUGACAUGUAUGAGGUCGGAGCAGAAAGUGGCCGCUACUAUUGCCUCAAUGUUCCCCUCAGGGACGGCAUCGACGACCAGAGCUACAGGCAGCUUUUCCAGCCAGUCAUUAAGCAGGUGGUGGAUUUCUAUCAGCCUACUUGCAUUGUUCUGCAGUGCGGAGCAGACUCUUUGGGCUGUGACAGGCUGGGGUGCUUUAAUCUCAGCAUUCGAGGACACGGCGAGUGUGUGGAGUUCGUGAAGAGCUUCAAGAUUCCUCUGUUGGUCCUGGGAGGAGGCGGAUACACGGUUAGGAACGUGGCUCGGUGUUGGACCUUUGAGACGUCGCUAUUAUUGGACGAAUCGAUCAGCGACGAGCUGCCCUACAGUGAGUACUUUGAGUACUUCGCUCCAGACUUCACACUGCAUCCCGACGUCAGCACCAGGAUAGAAAACCAAAACACUCGACAGUAUCUGGAGCAGAUCCGUCAGACGGUGUUUGAGAACUUGAAGAUGCUGAACCACGCCCCCAGCGUUCAGAUCCACGACGUCCCCUCGGACAUGCUGAGCUACGAACGCACCGAUGAGCCCGAUCCCGACGAGAGAGGCGGCGAGGAAAACUACACGCGGCCAGAAGCACCUAACGAGUUCUACGAUGGUGACAAUGACAACGACAAGGAAAGCGAUGUGGAAAUUUGACAAAGGAGGAAGGACUCGAACAAUUUUCCUACUUUUAAAAAAAUAAUUCAUGGGGUCACUGACAAUUAUGAUGGCCACUGACCAUGUGAACAUGAUUUUUUUUUUUCUUUUUCCACAAGAAGUUUGCAUUUUUAAAUCUCUCUUCACCGUGUUCAUAUUGUGUUCGUGAGGUACGUUGUCACCUGGCACACUUUUUUUUUUUAAGGUCUGGUCAAACGUUUCAUACACCCGGAAAAAUUACAAAAAACAAUUCAGGUGCCUUUCUGUUCAAUGGUUUUAAGUCAAUUUCCAUUUGUUGCUGGAUUCUGCAUAAGUGAUUGUGUCAUUGGAAUACACUUGUAUCAUAGAAAAGUACAGCACGCUGUGUAUAUAUAAGGACUGCACUUGUGCAGUGGUAUGUUUGUACACUGUGUAACCUGUUAGUCAACAUUUUAGAUUACAGUGGUUUUGAUAUUUUUGCAUUUUUUUUUUUUAAUAAAAUACUCAAACAUC